AUGUCAGAACGAUAUAGUUUUGGAGUAAACCCUAUAACAUAUUUUGCUUGGAAUAAAGAUCGUACACAAUUAGCUUUGUCUCCGAACAAUCACGAGGUUAAUAUUUAUGAAAAAACUAAUGAUGAUUGGAGAGAAGUUGAUGUUUUAAAUCAACAUGAUUUAAGAGUGACCGGCAUUGAUUGGGCGCCGAACACAAAUAGAAUUGUUACAUGUGCCGCAGAUAGAAAUGCUUAUGUUUGGACACAAGGACCUGACAAUAAAUGGAAACCAACUUUAGUUUUGCUUAGAAUCAAUAGGGCAGCAACAUGUGUUAAAUGGUCUCCUAAAGAAAAUAAAUUUGCUGUCGGAUCUGGUGCAAGAUUAAUAGCAGUAUGUUAUUUUGAAAGUGUAAACGAUUGGUGGGUUUCGAAACAUAUAAAAAAACCAAUCAGGUCAACUGUUACUACUAUUGAUUGGCAUCCUAACAAUAUACUUCUAGCUGCUGGAUGUUCAGAUUUUAAGGUUAGGAUUUUUUCAGCAUUUAUUAAAGAAAUUGAAGAAGUGCCAACGGCUACAGAAUGGGGUAGUAAAAUGGUUUUAGGAACGUUACUUGCAGAAUUUAGUAACCCUUCUUGCGGGGGUUGGAUACAUAAUGUUUCAUUUUCCAAAGAUGGAUCUCGAUUGUGUUGGGUUGCACAUGAUUCCAGUGUUAAUGUUGCCGAUGGUAAAAACGUAACCAAAUUAAAAACAGAAUAUUUACCUUUCAAAUGCUGUAAAUGGAUUGGAAAGAAUACAAUUGUCGCUGCUGGUCAUAGUUGCUGUCCAAUGCUGUUUAGUAUCGAUUCAAAUAAUUUAUCAUUUUUAACCAAGUUGGACAUUUCCCAAAAAAAAGAAGCAGGAGGAAUAAGUGCUAUGAGAAAAUUUCAAAGUUUAGAUCGUCAAGCGAGAAUUGCAAAUAAUGACACAACAUUGGAAACGAUUCAUCAAAAUACAAUAACUGGUAUAAGAUUAUAUUCGAAUACGAAAUUGAGUACCAGCGGAUUAGACGGUCAAAUUGUUAUUUGGGAUUUAAAUACGCUCGAACGAGAAAUCAAAGGAUUGAAAAUUGCGUGAAGAAUUAAAGUAUGAGAAAAAAAAUUAUUCAUUGUCAUCAAUUCCAGGUUAUGACUUUAGGUACCAGGUGGAUUUACACACACACACAAACACAUACAGUUUCAAUUCCACAUAGGGUUGGCCUAUUUAUUUUCCUCUUUUUAAGGCCAAUAAAAA